AUGUCGGUCCUGGAAGGGGGACAGGUGGUGGUGGCACUUGGCGGGGCUGCGGGCGAGCGGGUGCCGCUGCCUGGCAUGGGCAUGGCCACGCUGUCCCCGUCCCCGUCCCUGUCCCUGUCCCGAGGGUGCCGGUGGCUGCUGGCUCCCCGUGCCCCGCCGGGUCCGCAGCCGGGCCCUGUGCCCGCUGCCACCAUCGCCACCACCACCAUCGCCACCACCAUCACCACCAUGGCCACCGCUGCCAUCCGGGCCACCCGCCGUCCCCAUGGCAACGGGCUGCCGGUGCUGGAUCCUUCCCGCGACCCCCUCCGUGAUGCUGGCCCCUGGCUCCCUGCCACGCACUCGCCCCACCGAGCCCCCCCACUCCUGCCCUGCACCCCCCAGCACCCCCGAUCCACAGGUCUCCGGCGUGCCUGGGGCGGGGGCCGAGCAGCGUCGCCCCCCCCCCCCCACGUGAGGGAUGUUCCCCCCGGGGGGGCUUUCUCGGUGGUCCGGCGCUGCGUCAAGCUCUGCACCGGCCAUGAGUACGCCGCCAAGAUCAUCAACACCAAAAAGCUCUCUGCCAGAGACCACCAGAAGCUGGAGCGGGAGGCCCGCAUCUGCCGGCUGCUGAAGCACUCCAACAUCGUGCGGCUCCACGACAGCAUCUCAGAGGAGGGUUUCCAUUACCUCGUCUUCGACCUGGUGACCGGCGGUGAGCUCUUCGAGGACAUCGUGGCGCGGGAGUACUACAGUGAGGCUGAUGCCAGGGUGGGGAGAGGCUCAAGCUUGGCUAUGGGGUGGGUCGGGGACACACAUGGGGACAGGCCGGAGAACCUGCUCCUGGCCAGCAAGUGCAAAGGGGCGGCGGUGAAGCUGGCCGACUUCGGCCUCGCCAUCGAGGUGCAAGGCGAUCAGCAGGCCUGGUUUGGCUUUGCGGGCACGCCUGGCUACCUCUCCCCUGAAGUCCUGCGCAAAGAGGCCUACGGCAAACCCGUGGACAUCUGGGCAUGCGGUGUCAUCCUGUACAUCCUGCUGGUGGGCUACCCGCCAUUUUGGGACGAGGACCAGCACAAACUCUACCAACAGAUCAAGGCCGGUGCCUACGAUUUCCCUUCACCCGAGUGGGACACGGUCACCCCCGAAGCGAAAAACCUUAUCAACCAGAUGCUGACCAUCAACCCCGCCAAGCGCAUCACAGCCCACGAAGCCCUCAAGCACCCGUGGGUCUGCCAACGCUCCACUGUGGCCUCCAUGAUGCACAGGCAGGAGACAGUCGAGUGUCUGAAAAAGUUCAACGCCCGGAGGAAGCUCAAGGAGCCUCAAACUACCGUAAUUCAUAACCCCGCGGACGGCAUAAAGGAGUCGUCCGAUAGCACCAACACCACCAUCGAGGACGAGGACACAAAAGCCCGCAAGCAGGAGAUCAUCAAGAUCACGGAGCAGCUCAUCGAGGCCGUCAACAACGGGGACUUUGAAGCCUAUGCGAAGAUCUGCGACCCGGGGCUCACCUCCUUCGAGCCUGAGGCCCUGGGCAACCUGGUGGAGGGCAUGGACUUCCACCGCUUCUACUUUGAGAACNNNCUCUCCAAGAACAACAAGCCGAUCCACACAACCAUCCUGAACCCCCACGUCCAUGUCAUCGGCGAGGACGCUGCCUGCAUCGCCUACAUCCGCCUCACCCAGUACAUCGACGCCCAGGGCCGGCCUCGCACCAGCCAGUCGGAGGAGACCCGCGUCUGGCACCGCCGCGACGGCAAGUGGCAGAACGUCCACUUCCACGGCUCGGGGGCCCCUGUCGCCCCCACGGGUGCCAGCCCGAUGCCGGCCUCGGCAUCCCCUCGAGAUGAAAAAAAACCAAAAGUCACAUAA